AUGGCACACGACAAAGGCGUUUGUGAUUUACGUACUUAUCAUUGGAAGAAUGGUGAAAUCAUAUUGGAUGGUGAUUUGCUUGCAGGAGUGGACCUAGAUGAACUGUGGGAUGAUACAUAUAUUCCACGCGUAAAUGAAUACAAACAAAGCGAUGAGAAUCUUCGUAAUGAAAAGAUUGAUCAAGAUGAAAUUGAUGCUUUACUUGAAGAAGCGGAAGAAUUUAUUGAAAACUAUGAUGAUGAGCACACCAAAAAUGUUGAAGAACAGACAGAAGACAGGAGUGUUGCAAGUAUCUAUGAACGAUUGAGACGGAGAAAUGAUGAUGAUGAAAAAUAUCAGAAUGAUGAAGAUUUAAAUGAAAAGAUUCAAGAAAUUGAA